AUAAAUCUUCCUCAUCCUUCUUCAUCCUAGGACGAAUUUCUGUGAAAAAACGGAAACACCAUAAACCCUAGACGUACCUGAAACCCAAGGCACAGUAAUUCGAUGUCGGACGAUGAAGCUUAUGGCUCCGAUGCUCCGGAGGAACUUACAGCGGAACAGGGGAUACUUCAAGACCAGGAGCUAAUAAAGGUUCAAAAGGAGAAUAAAGCCAGAGUUGCUCGUGAAAGAAAGGAGCGUCGUAGAUUAUGGGCUCAGAGAAAAACACCAAAAAAACCAUCUCAAAAGGUUGAAAGCGUUCAAGAUGUUCCCCAGACCGAAGACCCAAGCGAACCUAAUGGUAGAGAAGGAAUGCUACCAAGUGAGAUUGUUCAAGUUCUUGCUGCCCGUGAGAAACAUGUGUUUUUAUCAGACUCUGAGGAUGAGAAGACUGAAUCAAAGGAAAGUUCUAAAAGGAAGAAAAAAUCCAGAAGAACAUCAGGCUCAGGGGUGGAGACUGUUAUGUUGAAUGAAAUACCAUCGGCUCAAUGCUUAAAGAACUCAUUGGAGUUCUUGAAGAAAAGAAAAAUGCAAGUGCCAAGAUCAUUUGCAGUGUUGAAUAACUCCAACCAAGCAUUGCGCUUACUUUCUUCAUCUGGCUUGUUAAAAUAAAAUUUGGGCAAUCUUCAAUUUUGUCUGUUUUUCUUUUAAUCUUUUGCUUUUUGUAUGUUAUAGUUUAUAUAUUUUGUUAGGUCAUAUAAGUUACGUUUUUCUCUUCUUUUUCUUUUCUAAGAUACUUUUUGCUCCACCAAGAGCACAUUUUUGUGACUGAUGACCAUUUCGAAAGGCUUUAAAUCGAUGAAUGACCAAUUUUAUUAUCUGGCUCUA